CUCAACAGCUCCAGCAUCUCUCUCUCUCUCUCUCUCUCUCUCCAAACCCAAAAAAUGGAGCUCUGCUAUAGCUGUGCAACCACCACCACCACUCCAACCUUCCUUCAAUUGAAGCCCUCUCUUGUUUCUCUUUCUCUCUCCAACACUCUUGUUCAACUCAACACCACCAAAAACAACACACUCUUCAUUCCUCACAAGCUUUCCACUUCUUCCCGCCAAUUCUCUCUCCUCCAACCGCAAUCUUCAAGACUUUCAACCCGCUUCGCAGCUUCAUCAUCUUCAACCGCUUACGACACCGUACAAGAUCAACUUCCGGCUGAUAUCGAGGUUACAGAAACCCAAGAACCCAAUUCCAGAAUUAGAUUGAGUGUAGAAGUUCCACCAGCUGUUUGUGAGGAUUGUUACAAAAGGGUCAUGAAUGAGUUCAUGAAGCAGUCAAAGGUCCCCGGAUUUCGCCCAGGAAAGAAAGUUCCAGAGAGUAUCCUAUUAAGUUAUGUAGGGAAGCAAAAUGCUCGAAAGGCUACAAUUGAAUCUGUUUUGAAGAGAACCCUUCCCCAUGCCAUGUCUUCGGUGACUGGAAGGGCUUUGAAAGACUCCAUCCGCAUUGUAACCAAAUUCUCUGACAUGGAAGAGACCUAUUCUUCUCUAAACUCUUUGAGAUAUGACAUCAUUGUCGAUGUGGCACCUGAGGUCAAAUGGAUUCCUGAGGGUGGAUACAAGAAUUUGAAGAUUGUUGUUCAGAUAGAUAGUGAGAUAGAUGCUCACAAAGCUUCUGAACAAGAAUUAAAACGUCGUCACAAGUCUCUAGGUUUAUUGAGAAUCGUAACUGACAGAGGCCUACAGAUUGGUGAUGUCGUAGUCCUUGAUAUAUCAGCAACAACAAUUGAUCAAGAUGAAUCAAACAUUCGAAAAAUUCCUUCUGCAGAAACCAAAGGUUUUCAAUUCGAUACAGAGGAUGGAGAUAAAGUCCUUCCUGGUUUCCUGGAUUCAAUAAUUGGAAUUCAACAGGGUGAAACAAAAUCUUUUCCACUUUUAUUUCCUGAAUCAUGGAAGCAAGAAAAUCUGCGUGGUGUUCAUGCUCAAUUUACCGUUGAAUGUAAAGAACUAUUUUACAGAGAUCUACCAGAGUUGGACGACUCCAUUGCUGAUAAGCUUCUUCCUGGAUGCACCACCCUUGAGCAGGUCAAGGAGUCUUUACUACAAAAAUGCCUAGAAGUGGAACAAACAGCCAAAGAACAAGCAACAGAUAAUGCCAUUCUAGACCAGCUCCGCAAGAUGAUUGAAGUUGAUAUUCCCCAAUCCCUUCUCGAGGAACAAGGCAGGCAGUUCUAUGGAGCCGAACUUCUAGAAAUACAGGCGAAUAUGAAGCUGAAUGAGCAGCAGUUAGCGUCUCUAUCAAGUCCAAGAGCUGUGAAUGAGUACUUGGAAAACCAGAAGGAGAAUUUAACAAAUAUAAUAAAGCAAAAUCUGGCAGUUGGAGACAUAUUUAAACGGGAAAAUUUGCAGUUUCCAACAGAGGAGCUGGUGAAGGAAGUUAAGAACUCCAUAGCUGAGUUCAAACGUCAUAAACAAGACUAUGAUGAGGAACGAGUGAAGGAACAGGUGCAAGAGAUACUAGAGGGAGCAAAAGUGCUUGAAUGGCUGAGAGAGCACACGGAGAUUGAGUAUACAACCCGAUGAGAAAGGGAGAGAUCAGAAAUUGCAUCCCUCAGAAGGUGAGGAUAGGAAAUUUUUGGGAUCAUGUCAUUGUAAUGGAUCACAUUCUGAGUUUUUCUGUGAAAACGAAGAAAUUGGGCAGUUUUAUGUUUUGAAUGUGGGGGAAGAUUGAACUUUGGAAAGAGACAAGUCUGGCAAAAAAACCUCAAUACCAAAACUGAGUAUUGGAAAGAGCUAUUGUCUUAAAGAAAUAUAGUAAGAUCUUUGUUGCAAGACGAGUUUUAAUCCGUAUUA